AAGAGAAUCCAUGCCUAGCACUAUACCAUAUCUCUUUUUUCUUCCGUUUUUCCACACAUUGUCUCUACCUUUCCCUUUUUCAGAUUUGACCCUUUGUUUUCAAAAGAAACGAUUUUUAGUAGCCGCCGGGGAAUCAGGAGAAUGGUGUCUCCGGAGAAUACGAACUGGCUUAGUGAUUACCCUUUGAUUGAAGGUGCUUUCUCUGAUCAGAACCCCACUUUCCCUUGGCAGAUAGAUGGCUCAGCUACUGUCAGGAUUGGUAGUUAUAUCUGGAGAAGUUGUUAUGGAUGUGUGAUCACUCAGUUGGUUUUUAGAUGCUCUUGUUGUGAUAGAGAUAUUGGACUUCUGCAUAAAUCAAUCCUCUGUUUUUUUUUUUGUCUCCGUUUUGCUUACGUUCCUCUGUUUCCUAAAGAAGUAGACGAAUCUAGAUCUCUACCAAUUGCGAAAGGAAGUGUUGAAGUGGAUGGCUUCCUUUGUGAUGCAGAUGUGAUCAAAGAACCAAGUUCAAGGAAGAGGAUCAAAACUGAAUCUUGCACUGGUUCUAACUCGAAAGCUUGUAGGGAGAAACAAAGACGUGAUAGACUAAAUGACAAGUUUACGGAGUUGAGUUCCGUAUUGGAACCUGGGAGAACUCCAAAAACAGACAAGGUUGCUAUUAUCAAUGAUGCAAUUCGCAUGGUGAAUCAAGCAAGAGAUGAAGCGCAGAAACUAAAGGACUUGAACUCAAGCCUCCAGGAGAAAAUCAAGGAGUUGAAGGAUGAGAAGAACGAGCUGCGUGAUGAGAAACAGAAGCUUAAGGUCGAGAAGGAGAGAAUCGAUCAGCAACUGAAAGCUAUUAAGACACAGCCUCAGCCUCAACCUUGUUUCUUACCAAAUCCGCAAACACUCUCUCAAGCUCAAGCUCCUGGAAGCAAGCUUGUCCCUUUCACAACUUAUCCCGGCUUUGCAAUGUGGCAAUUCAUGCCUCCUGCUGCUGUUGAUACCUCACAGGACCAUGUCCUUCGUCCUCCAGUUGCUUAAAGCUGCUGCUUCUCUCUACUACUAUUAACGGUUCUGUAAGAUUACUUCUUACGCGCUUUUUUCUGAUGUAAUGAUUCUCACAUUCUGUGAUUGGUGACAUAGUCCACUGCAACUUAAAAUGUAAAAUUGAAAUAAGCUUGCACUAAAAAUCAAAUCUCAUUGUGCAA